CAGGGCUGGCAUUUGAUUCUGGAUGGCUGCUCUAUGAACUCCUUAAUUGCUAACCUUUCUUGACCUUCCUUUCUUGCACAGGGUCUGGGGACAUGGCCAGAAAGGCUCUCAAGCUUGCUUCCUGGACCAGUGUGGCUCUUGCUGCCUCUGGUGUCUACCUCUACGGGAACAACUACUUGGACCCUAAUGACUUUGGCGCUGUUAGGGUGGGCCGAGCUGUUGCUACGACAGCUGUCAUCAGCUAUGAUUAUCUCACCUCCCUGAGGAGUGUCCCAUAUGGCUCAGAGGAGUAUUUGCAGCGUCGAUCCCAGGUAAGGAAACUGUGGGACCCAUCAGAGCUGGGCCCGGAUGGGGUGUGUCCGAAGAGUGGGCACAGAGUGAGCAUGGAGGUAAUGGCCACUGGCCAUGGGGUUUGGGACAAAGGGAAUGGAAGACCACCUGCUCCUUCCUACGCAGGUGCCUUAGUAUCCGUGAGUGGGACUGCCAUCCCAGAUCGAAUUGGGUCUUCCAUACUGUGGUAGUUUGAAAGAAAAUGGCCCCAAAGGG